UGGAUGCCCAAGAGGAGGGCAUCUGCACUGCAGAUCCAGCCAUCCCACAUUCACCUCUCAUCCAUGGAGUUCUUCUCGGUGAGGAUCCGUUGGCCGGUGAUGAGAACGACAGCACGGACUUCGUGAGUCGUGGCUGCUUCCGCGUCACGAAUGUCCAAGACAAGAAUGAGAACAAAAACCCGGACAAACUGGCACCGGAUGACUGCUUCAACUACUGCCUUGUAAGCAGAAGAAGCCCAUCCACGAGGGACACACAUGCCUGCUGUCAUCAAAUGCAAUUUUUUGCCACGCAGAGAGACUCUCAGGCAAAGUACUUCGGUGUGUCUGAUGGCGGCCGAUGCUGGUGCGGCACGAUGUACGAGAGCGAGGAGAGGGAUGAUGUUGACUGCGGCGCGCUCUGCAAGAUUGACAUUGAGACCGGGGCAAGCGAGCCGCGAAUGAGGUGUGGCGGCGACAAAGGGCUGACAAACGUCUAUGUGAUGGUCAACUGCAGUAAGGAAGUGAUACACACGAUCGAUCACAGAGAACGCGAUGAGCUCUCCCUGUAUCAUUGCUCAGACGCAACGGACGAUGAGCCAGUCCCAAAGCCGCCAACAGGUAAGGAUGACAAGAGUCCCUCUGCAUCCGUCUUGCGCUUUCCAUCUGUGCGGCUCUUUCAGUAUAUCGCCGUUAUCCUGAGACAUUUUGCGGCAAUGCCACAGACAACGAGGCGCAUGUCGGCAGUGCAGAUAAGACCUGGAUGGAGGGAACCAUCGCACAGUGCAAGGAUGCAUGCGCAUCCACGGCUGAGUGUGGCGGCUUCAGAUACAUCCAGGUGAGACAACGGCAUCGUCUGUGCCGGAUACGCACUACGCCUUUUGCGUCAGGCCGGCGCGUCAAGCAGCGGUGGACCUGGCGUGGAGGGUGCGGGGGGAUGUUACUUCUUAUUCGGCCCCCAGAUGGGAGGCCCGUGGACGAAAGAUGCCGACGCCAUGUGCUUCACAAAGGCCGACGAUGGGCUUGUGGCUCAGUGGGAAUUCUCGCCAGCAGCAGGGCUGAACGAUCCCACAGUCGUCGACGAUUUGGUGAGAGGAGGGGCGCGUAGAGAAAGUGCUGUCUGGUCUCACAUUCAUAUUGUGUGUGGUCAGCUGACCACGACUGGCAAAUAUCCCGCCAAGCUGCAUGGACAGGCAAGACUCCAAGCCGAUCGUCUGUCCAUCGAUUUGAACGGUCAUCCGCUCACACAGAUGACCAGAGCGACAAUGCACAUCUGCGUCUCCCUUGCUCUUUUCGCGGUGCAGGUGCCGCCGACUGGGUCAGCAUCCCAAUGAGCAGCCUUCUUGAGAGCGAUCUGUGGAAGCUUUCACCUGAGGGCUUCUCAAUCGAGCUAUGGCUCCAGCUGAGUGAGUCAGAGACGGCAGCUGUCCUGUUGGACUUCGGCGCAUUGGCAAAUGCGGGCCGUCUGACGGUCAUCUGCGCGACCGAAAAUGGCACACUCAGGUCAGUUGGAUGGAUGUCGUCGUUGAUACUAUGAUUGUGGCUUUGUGUUGUUUGCAGGGUGUCUUAUCGCGGUGAGAGCACUGGCUACGCAUACAAGAGUGUCGACGUGGCUGCCCCAGGGGCAAAUCGGCUUGUCCAGCUGGUCUUGACAGGCAACCAUUCUACCCUGAGCGUAUACUACGAUGGUUAGUAGGUCGAAAGACUUGCGGGUACAUAGGUUGCAUUUUUUGGUUGAUGUCUCAGGCGAUCUGAAUGCAAGUGCUGGCAUUGGUGUUCAGCUGCGUGAGUUACUCAGCCCAAAGUCGAUGUUUGUUGUGGGCAAAUCCAUGGACGAGAGCGACGGCGCUCAUUUGUUCAAGGGGCAGCUUGCGGUGUUUGGUGUGUACAACCGGCCGUUGGAGGAUUAUGAGGUCGGCAUGAAGUUCAGAGACGGCUACGACAGAUUGAUCAACGCACCAGCCGUAAUAGGCGAUACACGCAGACACGCGCACAUUCACUAUCGAACAUCAGUAUGUGUCAUGACGUGUGUGUGUCUCUCUCAGUUCCAAGCAAAGCCAGCCGGUCCCCCCGAUGGCUAUGAAAGAAUUACAAUAGAAACCGGGCGGGUCACCUUCGACCAUGAAUGGAUGAAUGUACCCCUGAUGACCAAAUUCGAAGAGCCAGUAAGGCCAAACGCACAAACACAAGAGCCGUAGCCAGCGACAAGAGGCAUGCUGGGCUGCUUUCAUCAGGUCGUGAUUGUCGGCCCCGCGUCAUUCAAUGGGAAGCACGAAGGAGUGAUCGAGCUCAACCAUGUCAAAGGCACGCCGAGACGUGAGAAGAAAGACAGACGCAACCACACAUAAACGCUGUUAUGUAUCCUUUUGGCUUACAGCUCCACCCAUGUCUCUGGCGGGCUAUAAUCCAGGCUGCAACGAAUCGUCAGCUUACAGCGAGCCAGCUUGUAUCAGUGCCGCACACCUCUACUGUCUUGACCACCACAACGUACAAGGCGCAGCUCUUCAGAAGAUGCUGCCGCUCAAGCCGCACCCCGUCAUCCAAAUCGCGUGCUUCCAGCCCUCAAAGUACAUCAACGUCGCUCUGUCGGAGCUUAUCCAAGGCUGCCAGUCCAUGAGGCACAUCAUGACAUUCAAGUGUCGCGAGGCAAUCGCUGCCAAGGUGGACUGCCCGCACUUUGUCCUGCAGGGCCCAGAUGAAGAAGGGGACAGAGACGUGGGUGUGGCGUGUUUUGAAGCGAAAAACAAGGGAACCAUCGCCGCAAAGCGGGUGAAGCGUGCAUGGGGCAAGCAAAGGUGUACCUCUAUUACGGAUGCUGGGCUGAGGAAACCUGGCUGCGUCAAGAAGGUGUGGCGCCGAUGCUUCAAACACAAGAGACGGUCUGGAAAGAAGUGGCUGAGUGGCGCAGGGGUGAUGGAGGGUUUUGUGAAGGGCACCUCUGUGAGCUAUGCGUGUUUGAUGUCGUCAUGGCAAGGGCGCGUGCCUAUCCAGUCCCCGGAAGACAACACGAAGGAAACGGGGUCACAGGAGGACUCAUUCGCCAUUCGUUUCGAUGUAAGACGAGCAUCUAUCGAAAUGAGCAGCCUCUGUUGUGUCUCUAUGUGCUCGUGUCUUUGUAGGAGCCAAGGUGCCUGGAUGUGUGGCACACGAAGGAAAGUGCCUCAUACAUGGUAGGCGGGACACGGACAAGACGGUCUCUCUGCUUUGCCAAUCUGUGUCGCGUCUAUCAGGUGGUCGAGAGCGGUAGUUUCUGGCUCGGUGGCGACAUGCUGGCGCAUGUAGGAAGAGCACUUAUCCCGGCCGAUGGCAGAUUCCAUCGCGUGCAGUUCCCCAUGGCAUUCCCGGGCGGCAAAGUCCCUGUGGUCUGGACGCAGGUGCAGACCUACCAGGAUGCCACUUUCGUGCACACACGCAUCAAGGAGGUCAACUCCGACGGCUUCCGAGUCGGUAUUGAGAUGAGGGGCCGGCUCAGCCUGGCGCCCAAGAUGGACACCGUGGGGAAGCAAAGUAAGUGAGGGCAAUUCGAGACACGGCAUUUUAAUAGUGCAUGUUUGUUGCAGUGGUUGGUUGGCUUGCCGUGCUUCCUGGCGAAGAAAGACUGCCCAAUGGCGACGCCGUCUUUGUCGCAAACACGGUCAGGGAGACGCACCUGUGCUUUCCACGUUUGUUUGUCGUCCUGCCAUUCUCUGUCUCACAGACACUCCGUGGAUGGAGGGAAACCAACAACCACUGGACCAGUGUGUCGCUCCCAGAACAGCUGAUGGGUGACUCCCCUCCCUCCCUGCUCGCGGCCAUACAAAGCUACAAUGGUGCUGACGCGGCGACACUCCGAUACAAGGAUCUGACAGAGAGAGGGGUCAUGAUACGGCCUCAGGAGGACCGGUGCACGAAGUGGGCAGGGAUGGGUGAUGCGCACAAGAGAAUCGAUCGUGCACAAGGAGCGCGUGCAACGUAUGAAUGGAUGGAUGUGUGCAGCGACCAGAAGCAUAUGGUGUCCGAGGAGCUGGGGUAUGCUCUUGUCGUCAAGAGCGGAUACCCACGGCGGACCGACUGAUUGUGACUGACUGACUGACUGAUCAUGACGACUCCAUUAAUGAUGGG